AUGUCUGCUUUCAAAUCACAAUUAAAGGGUCUCAAGGAGCUCCGUCUUCAAUUCUGUCAAACUUCUCCCUCCAGCAGUGGUCUUCGUGAUUUCGUUGCAAAGAACUACGUUAACAUCAAGAAGGUCAACCCUGAACUUCCCAUCUUGGUCCGUGAAGCCAGCGGUAUUGAGGCUCGUGCCUUUGCUCGUUUCGAUAAAGGCAUCGAACGCAAAGUAACUCUCAACAACGCAUCAGCACAAGAUAUCGAAAACACUUUGGCACAAUUGGUCAAGUCUGCUUAG